UGUUUUUCAGGUUACAAUUUGAAGAGCUCCCCUUUGAGCCCACAGUCUUCAAUAGACAGUGAACUUAGUACUUCAGAACUGGAAGAUGACUCAAUUGCUAUGGGAUACAAAUUACAAGACCUCACUGACGUUCAGAUCAUGGCACGAUUACAAGAAGAAAGCUUAAGGCAAGAUUUUGCAUCUACCUCUGCUUGCAGUUCAGUAUCAAGACAUCGCUCUAGCCUUUCGCUAUACUCUGCAAAGAAAGCACCAUGUGCCAACAGUGACCAGGAAUCUGAUCGUUACAGUGUUGAAGACGAAGAUGAAGAUUUUGACCUCUUGCCACCACCUCAGCCUCGACUUAGUCGCUGCUCUCCACUGCAGAGAGGCAUUCCUCAUUCACAGACUUUCUCUAGUAUUCGGGACUGCAGGAGGAGUCCCAGUUCCCAGUAUCUUAAUUCAAAUGGAUAUCAGCAAUAUAAUUUUUCAUCCCAAGCUCAGACAUCAGAACAAAUGCAAAACAGAACUAAUGCAGAUAAACUACGAAGAAGCAUGCCUAAUUUGGCUCGAAUGCCAAACACAACAGCAAGCACAGUGGUUUCCCCAGUCACUGUACGAAACAGCCAAAGUUUUGAUUCUAACCUCCAUGGUGCAGCAAAUGGGAUGUCUAGGCUGCAGUCAAGCAUACCAUCCCCUGGUCAACUGCAGCAGAGGGUCCACAGUGUGGGGAAUUUCCCAGUAUCAGUGAGGCCACCUCUGAAAGCCACAGCCUACGUCAGCCCGACCAUACAAGGCAGCAGCAGCAUUCCACAGUCAACUAGUUUACAGUCUUUAUCAAGUUCUGGGAUCCCUAUGCCAAACAAAUCUGCAAGUUCAUUGCCUGUCAGAAGUGCACUGCCUAGGCCAGCGCUGUCGAGCACAGGGGCAAGCAGUAUACCCCGCAGCAAGAUUGCUACACCACCACGCAGUUUUAUUCAGCCUCCGAAGACUCUAUCAUCACUGAGCACACUGCGAGAUGGAAACUGGAGAGAUGGAUGUUACUGA